AUGUCAGCAACAAAUCCAUCGUAUCAUCACCCCAGUGCUCCUAUCAAUUAUAUCACAGCUAACAACAGCAGAUACGUUCUUGUUACCGGAUCCACGGGAUUUAUCGGCGCUCAUGUAGUCGAUAAUCUACUGGCCCGAGGCUUCUCCGUCCGCGGAUCAACCAGAUCAGCCAAGAAAGGUGAGCAGAUGAAGGCUGCUCGACCACAAUAUGCCAACAAGCUGGAUUUUGUGGUUGUGGAGGACUUCACCAAGACCGGCGUCUUUGACAGUGUCAUGGAGGGUAUUGAUGCUGUUAUCCACGUCGCAAGUCCAUUCUUCUUAGAUACAACAAAUAACGAAGAAGAACUCAUCUUGCCUGCCAUUAAUGGCGUCAAGUCCAUCCUCUCGGCCUCGGCGAAACCAGGGAGCAAGAUCCAACGCAUUGUCAUGACAUCCUCCUUCGCUUCCGUCGUGGACGUCAGCAGCACUCCUCCGCCGGGCUUCUUGUAUACCGGCGAACAUUGGAACCCACUUACAUACGAAACAGCCGUUGACCCCGCCUCAACCUCUGUUAUCGCAUACCGAGGAUCGAAGAAAUUCGCCGAGCUAGCCGCCUGGGACUUUAUCAAAACUGAGAAGCCCCAAUUUGACCUUGUCACCCUCUGCCCACCUAUGGUAUUCGGUCCCGUUGCACACCCAGUUCCCGAUAUCAAAUCGCUGAACGAGUCCAACGCUUCUCUCUGGCUUGUGGCCGAUGGCGCUGAUCCCCUCCCCGGUGCACGAGUACCAGCCUGGAUUGAUGCUCGUGAUCUUGCCGAAGCGCAUGUUCAAGCAUUAAUUAGACCCGAAGCUGGUGGCAAGCGAUUUAUCCCUGCCUCGCCGGAGCCAUUCUCCUAUGAGUAUGCAGCGGAUAUUAUGAAAGAGGAGUUUGAGUGGGCGCGCGACUCUGUGACCGCCAACUAUAAGGGUGGUGAAAAGCCACAGGCCUCUUACGGGGUUGAUGGAGAGACAGUGGCGCGUGAGCUUGGUGUCACUUACCGGAGCUUCCAGGAUAGUGUUAUCGACUUGAUCAAGCAGGUCAAGGAGACGAUCGCCUAA